AUGCAAGGCCAGGGGGCCUUGUCGCAAAGCUCUGUGGUUGUCGGAGUGGAACGUCAGGGGAAUGGGGAGCUAGUUGCCACGCAGUCGACUGCCGCAAAACAGCGUAGGCGGCCAAAAUCAGUAUUUAUUUCUUACAGUUCUUUGGAUCGAUAUCACGCCUUGCAUCUCAAGCGUCUACUCGAAGUAAAAGGAAUCAAAGUCUGGCUUGAUGUUUUUGACAUCCAAACUGGGGGUGAAUUCGACUCGGACCUGUUUCAGGUCAUCGGACAACAGGAUUUGUUUUGCCUACUCUUAUCUCCUAAAGCCGUACAGUCAAUGUGGGUCGAAAAGGAGAUCCAGACUGCCCAGGCCAGUCCGGAGCUUUAUAUUCUUCCAAUUAUAUUGAGACCAUGCAACAUCCCUCCAGAGCUAAAAGACAUCAUCGCCUUUGAUGCUACAGAAGGACUAGACCGUGAUAGUGUUCGCGAUCGACUCUUCCGGGCAGUAUUGGGUGACUUUGAUAUCGAAGGGUCGGUGAUACUUAGUGAAAUGGAAAGUGAACUUCAGUAUAACAAAUUUCUUCAAGAUCAAGCAGAAGAAGCCCUUCCGGAAAUCAGGCGAACGGUCGACGCAUCGUCCGCAAGCCCGAUACGCCGUGUCGAUCUAAAUAUAUUCCCAGAGACACUCCCUGAAGAUUCUGAUGUCAUACUGGAGCUGAAACUGAAACUUGACACGCUCUUUCACGGAACAAUGUCGUUCUUUAUUGCAAGGUACCGAGAGGGUCGUACUUGGCCUGAAGGAUACGGUUUCAGAGAGCCAGACUAUGAUGAAUUCUAUUUGAGAAUCAAGCCCCGUAUUGACGUGCAAUUCAAGUGGUUCGAUCGCAUUGUCCGGUUGAAGCCAAUUGAAUACGGCAAUGAUUGGAAAGAUCACACCGAGAGAUAUUUCAUCGAAUUUGAUGGCACGCAGUUCAAGCCAUAUGAGGAUCUCUCGUUUCCUCAAGUGUUUGAAAUCCCCUGCCUGCGCACGCUUAUCAAAGAUCACAGUUCCUUCGAGCUUGUCUCACACAACACUUUAAGCAAGGCAUCAACGGUUGUUUCUGAGGGCACUGAUAUCUCUAUUGAGCUAGUGGGAGAGGUGGCGCAGGGCGAGUGGUUGCAAUUAUAUCGUAGCCACAUCACGAAGGAUCUACAAAACCUCCAGAAAGCUCCAUACCUCUCAUCACCAGAGAUGAGUCCGAUAUUUCGUGAGGCAUUACUAUCCCGCUGCCUUGUGACUACGGACGGGAAGAAAGGAGACAGCUACAAGGAGCUCGAAGAAUCAAUAAUUGCAUCGAUCGAGAAGGGUGAAUACAGUAGUGCGGAUGAAAUGCGCCUAGCUGGAUGGUAUCUUUUUGAUAAGGGCUCCAUGAGCUUUGGACGAGAAAUGUGGAGAGACGCAUAUGAAGCUUAUGAGAAAGCCAGCUUGGCUCUACAGCCACUUGUUAUGUCUCAAGUUCCGACGAUGCGCGAUGCGGUAUCCAUGUACUUGUCCGUCCGACGUAUGGUGGAGAUAUUUAUGCAACAACAAAGUUUUCAGCAUGCCGGGGGGAUCAUUUCUGCUCUCAUGCGAGUGGCUCGAUCAAUCAGUGAGUCAGAUUCCGAGGAGCCAGAUUUCCAAAGGAUAUGGGCAGACGCUCUAUUCGUGGAAGCGAAGGUAAAUGCGGCGCUAGAGCAGAAAGACCUUGCCGUCGAGAGCCUCGUCAAGAAUGUCGAUGUCUUCCAUCAAUUAUAUCUGACGGUGCAGCUGCCAUCCCGGCAACGAGCAUGGAUAGCUGCCUUAUCAUAUGCCAUCCGGACGGUCGCUGGCUGGCAGAUCUUAGCGGACCAACAGUUGAGUGCGUGGAGAACCGAUCUGCGAAAUGCAAUUGGGAACAAUGACGAAGCCUUCGAAUUACUCACGCGACCGCCCCCGCCUCCUAACGAGCUGCCUGUAUGGCUUCGGGACUGUACACUCCAGCAAUGGCCAACUAAACCAAUCAAAAGUGCCGCUCUCCGGUAUGCAUUGAAACUACCCGAACGGUGGGACAGCUCCUUCACCGUCCGGGGCACGUCGCGCUCGAUUGAACACAUUUACCACGGUACACCGGGCAUUGACGCGGAGCGGCUGAUGAUUGAGUUUCUAGAGGACCUGAAUGAACAUGGCGACAUCACAAAGGCCGUGACAGUUUACAUGGCCUUAAUAGGAAUGCCUGUCCUGUACGACCUGGUAGCCCAACCGACAUUGCUACCGGGUACCUGGCAGUACAUGGGUAAACUACCAAGUCUCAUCACAAGCCUGAACGCUGAUGAUGCUUGUGCGUACAUGGGCCUGGCCAGGUUUCAGGCCUCGUUUAACCUACUGGGAAGAAUCUAUGUUGUACUGGUUCGGAAAGGGACAUUUAGGUGGAAGAUCACGCUAAGUUUUGAGACGGCUUGCCUACCUAGCAUGCCUGAGGACAUAGUCAAUUCAAAUGACCAUGUCCGUGCUGGGGCAAUUCUCGGAUCUUUGCAAUUGCUAGGCCCAUAA